CCAAAGUGACUCGCUCCGAAGGCCCAGUCGACACUGUGAAGCGGAUCCGAACGGACCUCUCUCUCCUUUACUCCGCACCGUGCCAUUUUUAUCUUUUUCACAACUUAUCAAAAAAGAUUUUCUUAAAGAACCACACACACACAAAAAACCGGUUUUGUCUACUCCCAAGUGAAGCCCAACAAAUAGUGGCGUAGGUGGGGUUAUAUUUCCUUUCUAUUCAAUCCGGCCGUAGUUCCGGUCCGGUGCGGAUGUGAGAAAAAGAAUUAGAGAGAAACAAACAUUGUUGGUUUGUUCACCUUCACCCAUCUUCCCAUAGAGAGUUUGAAAAUUCCAUUAUUAUCCGUGUGUGUGUAAGUGUACCUUGUGUGUGUGCGUGUUUUUUUCCUCCUUCAAAUCGGCGGUCGUGAAUGGAACGGCGAAUGGAUCGUCGUGAACGUGAGCGCGAACGCUCCCGCCAGAGCAGUUCCAACGAUCGUGUCGACUUGGAUUCACGCACGCCUCUGGCCUGGCAACACCGAGAUUUCAAUUACCAGCACAGCGCCAAUAGUCAGUCCAAUUUCCACGAAAGAUAUCCAGAAGGUGUACCGUCAUCGAGCUCCGAUCGCUUUUCUCACCCGAGUUUGGGUUCACGGUCAGCCCGCUCUGCGGCGGCAGCGAUGGAAGAUGGACGGCAAGGAGGAGGAGGCCAGCAACAACAGGCGGGCAAGAAGAGGAUGAUGCGCGAUCACGCAGGUGCAACCAGCGCCCGAGGGCCCGCCACUGGUGGUGGCGCUCAUAAGAAAGCCUCGACUUCUUCAUCGACAGGAACCAGCAACCACACCGGAAUGGCAGCCGCAUCGUCGUCGUCGGCAGCAGAAGGAGGAGGAGGACCCGGCGGGGCUAACCGCAAUUCCUCCUCGGCUCGCCCAUCGCGUUCCAGCCAGGAAACAACGACCGGAUCGAGCAGCGAAACGGAAACAGACGCCGAGAGAAUGCAGCCAAGCCGGCCUGGAACUAGUGGGACAUUGCGCUCGAUGCAGUCGAUGCCCUUGUUGACUCCGCUUCAGCAACAUCACCUGGUUCAGCAGCAACAACAGGCCGGUUACAAUCCGGUCUUGGCGGCCGCUGGAGGCAUUUACGGUGUCGUCGGAAUGCAUCCAGGGAUGAUGCCGCAUCCAGCUCAACUUCACGCAGCGGCAGCAGUAGCGGCGGCUGGAAAUCCGACAUGGAAUGGAGAGCCUUGUCCAGUUCACGGAUCCGGAAUCCAUCCGGCUCACCACCAAAUGCCGAUUGCUCAUUACCAGACGCCCCACGGGACGAUUGCGGCUUACCCGCAGCCGCUUUACAGCAGCAUGUCCAUGAAAAGGGCGGCGUCGAUCCACGAAAUGGCCAUGGCCACUCCGCUGCCGGCCAUCAUGCCGCCGCCGCCGCCUCCGCACCACGGGCCCAUUUACGGAACUCUACCGCAUCCGGGCCAUGGUGGUGGUCACCACCAGUUCCUGAUGCCACCGCCGCCCAGUCACGAGCAGCCGACACAUUUCGUCAUGAUGACAACGGCCCCAUCGUCCAUGAUUCACGGUCCGCCAGCGUCCUCCCUGGGCGGACGGAGGACACGACAGCAAGGACGAUCCGGCGGAGGACCCGGGUCGCUUCCACCGAUGCCAGCACCGUCCCAGAUGGCCACCAUGCAGAGACAAGGACGUCCAUUGGUGGUCAACGGCAAAAACGGACAGCCGGAACCCUUGCCAGUCAGGCACGACGCUCCUCCACUUCCGCCCAAGAUCCCGCCGUCAGACGUGGCCUCCAAAACGGCGUCCAGGACCAGCAGCGCCGCCAAACCCUUCAGCUACAACGCCUGCUGCAAAGGCAACGUCGUCGUCCUCUGGGUCAUCCUGGGCAUCAUCGGACUGGGCGUCGUCCUGGCCAUCGUCUUCUACUACGCCUUCCAAUAAUUAAAAAAGAAAAUGGACAAUUUUUGUGUCAUUUAAUCGGACGGAAUUUUUCUUAUUACUGUGUGACUUUUUGAUAUGUACGUACAUUCACCUGGUUGAAGAAAUUCGCAGGUGGAUGUUUUUUUUGAAAAUUUCUUUUUCAUCAAAAUUUUUCUUCCUAUUUCGCUUACGGCUCAAUUUUUUUCCUACCUUCCAAGUGAGUGUAAAGAGUAAAAAAGAAAAAAGAAACUCACGUGAAAAUGCGAUGAGUAAGAAAUAAAAAAAUGAGGUUGUUGCAGCAGCAGCGAAUGUAAAAGGUCAGCAGCAGCAGCAGCAAUCCACUUGAUCUUUUUCUGAAGUAAGCCCUCCAGGACGUGUCGUGAUCCUGUAAGAGAAAGAAUAAA